GAAGUCAGAGUAUGAGCAGCUCAAAGAGACCCUCGGUGCUGUGACUCAGGAGAGAGAUUCAGCCCUGCGGGAGAAGACCCAGCUCCAAGGCAAACUGGAGAACCUAGAGCAGGUGCUAAAGCAUAUGCGUGAGGCUGCAGAGCGGAGGCAGCAGCUAGAGUUGGAGCAUGAACAAGCCUUGGCUGUACUCAAUGCAAAGCAGCAGGAGAUUGACCUUCUGCAGCAGGCUCAGGUUGAGGCUAAGAAGGAGCAUGAGGGAGCUGUCCAUCUGUUAGAGGCCAAAGUCCGAGAGCUGGAGGAGAAAUGUCGGACACAAAGUGAGCAGUUCAACCUCCUGUCCAAAGAGCUGGAGAAGUUCCGGCUACAGACCGGAAAGUUUGAUACCCUUGGCAGUGGCACCGAUCCCUUAACCGUGUGUGAAUCCCCUGGAUCGCCAAACAAAUCCCUCUCCCAGCUCUUCAACGGGCUGGCCGCCCCAACAGGGAAAGGCAAUGAGAGUCCGCUGAGCAGAUCUGUGAUCUCUGAGUUCAUCCGACCGCUCCAGAUCUGUGGGGACAAGCCGGAGCUCGUGUCUGUAAAGCCAACAUUCCUCACCCGCAGCAGCAGCCGGACUGGCAGCUCUCAACGGGCCCUCCUCACUGAGAUGGACAAAGAACUAAGCUCAAAGACUAGGACCAAGAAGAGGUUCACAGGCAAGGUCCGUCUGUGCAUCGCCCGGUACAGUUAUAACCCCUGUAAUGGGCCCAAUGAGCAUCCUGAGGCAGAGCUCCCCCUGGUGGCAGGGAAGUACCUCUACGUGUAUGGGACCAUGGAUGAUGACGGCUUCUAUGAAGGAGAGCUGCUGGAUGGACAGCAGGGACUUGUCCCUUCCAACUUUGUGGACUUUGUUAAGGAUGAGAAGAUGCCCUCUGCUCAGCAUAGGGACGGGGCCAAAGAGUCAGGCUACCUCAGUAGUAACCACAGCAGCCUGGGCUCCACAGGGCUGGGCAGCAUGGGCCUGAGCAGCAUCAGCAGCCUGCUGUCUGACAGUAAACUGGACCUGGGCCCUAGCCUAGAUAGAAACCUGGAGAGAAAUCUUGAGAGAAACCUGGGGAGCAACCUCAGUUCCACUCUGGGUUCCACUCACGGUUCCACUCUGGGCAGCCACAUGGGUUCCACUCUGGGUUCCACUCACGGUUCCAGUCACGGUUCCACUGGACUGGGUUCCAGUCUGAGCAGCACUCUGACCAGCCUGGGCAGCAGUAGUCUGGGCAUGGACUUCCUGGGCUCCAUGGGUUCCUGCAGCAAUGGGACAGGGACCCUGGAUGUCAGCAUUGACGAGAUUGGUGAAAAUAUUGUGCCUUACCCUCGCCGUAUCAAUCUGAUCAAACAGCUGGCCAAGAGUGUGAUCGUGUGCUGGGACCCUCCGGUGGUGCCGCCCGGCUGGGGCUCCAUCAGUGGCUACAACGUCCUGGUGGACAAUGAGGUGAGGAUGAGCGUGCCCUUCGGGGGCAAGACAAAGUCGCUUAUCGAGAAACUUAACCUGGCCACCAAUACCUACCGCAUCUCGGUACAGAGCAUCACAGAGCGGGGCCCGUCUGACGAGCUGCGCUGCACUCUACUAGUGGGGAAGGAUGUGGUGGUGGCUCCUUACUAUCUGAGGGUAGACAACAUCACACAGGUCUCUGCUGAGCUCUCCUGGCAGCCUAGCAACAGCAACUACAGCCACACCAUCUUCCUGAACGAGGCUGAGUAUGACAUGGUGAAGGCAGGGGCCUACAAGUACCAGUUCUUCCAACUGAAGCCCAUGACCGUUUACAAGGUGAAGGCUGUGGCGCGGACACACCAGAUACCUUGGCAGAUGCCCCUGGAGCACAGGGACAAGAGGGAGAUCUCUGUGGAGUUCUGCACCCAGCCUGCAGGUCCUCCCUUUCCUCCCCAGGAGGUGCAGGUCCAGUUGGGCCAGAACCCUGGGGUGCUGCAGGUACGAUGGAAGCCCCCCCUCCUCACCCCCACUGGAACCUCCAACGGAGCCAACGUGAUUGGCUAUGCCGUGUGCACAAAGGGACAAAAGAUAGCUGAGGUGAUGUACCCAACAGCUGACUAUGUGACAGUGGAGCUGAAUAGGAUCCAGUGUCUGGAGGCCAGGGAGGUCAUUGUCAGGACGUUAUCAGCACAAGGAGAGUCUCAGGACUCCCCCGUGGCCACCAUACCGCACAAUAUCCUGAGGCCCCCAACCCCUCACCCCCAGCCCCAACACCAGCCCUACCCCAUGUCUAAGCCCAAUUUAGUAAGUGCCAGAGAGUCAGAAACCAAAGAGUAUGAGGCGGGCCUGCGGCCUGGCCCGCCCUGGGAGCGCUCCCCUUCGCCCCUCCCUCCUAUCAUGCGUGGACACACUUUGGAGCCGCCCCACUUCCAGGGGCGUCGUUCACCCUCUCCUCAGAGGAUCCUGCCCCAGCCUCAGGGAGCCCCCAUCCCCAACACCAUCGCCAAGGCCAUGGCUAGGGAAGCUGCACAGAGAGUGUUCGCUGAGAACAACCGGAUGGAGAAGAGGAACAUCUUCAGUGAGCGGAGCGUGAACUCUGAUGAGGAGGAGGAUGGUUAUAUCUCUCCCCACACCAGGAGGAGAGGGGCUUCUGUGGACGACUUCCUCAGAGGCUCUGAACUGGGGAGACAUCACCACUACAGCCACAGUGAGGAGUACCAGACAGAGAGCAGCCGCGGCUCAGACCUGUCUGACAUCAUGGAGGAGGACGAGGAUGACCUGUACUCUGAGAUGCAGCUGGAGGAGGGCCGUCGGCGCAGCAUCAACUCUCACAACACUCUCAAGAUUAUAGGGAACUCCCCUUCCCAUGGAUGCUCCCAUGGCGACCGGCUGGACCAUUCAGGGAGGAGGCCUGUCCAUGGCGGCAACCCCCCACAGCGAAGACCCAUGAUGGUUCCUUCCAUUGAUGAGUACGGUGGGCAAGGCCGCGGACAUGGCCGAGGGCGGCGGUCGCCAGUGUACUACGAGGGGUCGGAGCCAGAGGACCUGGCGCGUAUAUUUGUGGCCCUGUUUGACUACGACCCCCUGUCCAUGUCCCCCAACCCUGAUGCUGCUGACGAGGAGCUGCCCUUCAAAGAGGGCCAGAUCAUCAAGGUGUUUGGAGAUAAGGACACGGAUGGGUUCUACAGGGCAGAGAUCCGUGACCGCCCGGGUUUGAUCCCCUGUAACAUGGUGUCAGAGAUCCAGACUGAGGAUGAUGGGAUGAUGGACCAGCUACUCAAACAGGGCUUUCUUCCACUCAACACUCCUGUAGAGAAAUUAGAGAGGAACAGGCGGAGUGGGCGUCAGCACCCCUCGUCCACACGUAGAAUGGUGGCACUGUAUGACUACGACCCCAGGGAGAGCUCCCCCAACGUGGAUGUGGAGGCUGAACUGACAUUCUGUGCUGGUGACGUCAUAACAGUAUUUGGUGAAAUUGAUGAAGAUGGGUUUCAUUAUGGCGAGCUCAAUGGACACAAAGGUCUUGUUCCCUCCAACUUUCUAGAAGAAGUGCCUGAUGAUGUUGAGGUUUUUCUCACUGACACUCAGUCUCGAGAUGCUCGAUACCCGCAGGACGCUGCAGCGCGGAUAAAGACCAAAAGGGUUCCAUUGGAAAAAUCGGGUCCGCCCAGAAGAGCCGCCUCCCCCACAGUGCGCCAACACAUCCCUGGCUCUGGCCCUGCUACAGUGGGGCCUGGCAGUCCCAUCAGGGGCCCCUGCGACUUGUCCUCCAAAAAGAAAAAGGGACUGCUCUCCAAAGGGAAGAAACUAUUGAAAAGACUUGGCGCUGUAAAAUAACCCCUUCAAAUACUUGAAGUAUAUUAUCAACCACAUAAUUAAUCUCCAACACUUCCAUUACUGUAAAUUCAGUCCUGUGAGAAGAAAAAAGUGGUCAAAAUGUACAAAUGUUGUAUUCUAGAAACCAUAUUUUCUUAUUUAAAUUGCAGUAUGUAUUUUGAAUAUGGUUCAGGGACCUCAUAGUUUGACAUUUAGUGUCAUAAGCCAACCUCUGGUCAUUUAUGUUUUGCUAUCUGAAGCAGAAGACUGCAACACGAUGGAUGAUUUGAAAUAUUCUACAUUUUGAAGGCCAAUAGGUACGUAGGUGUGUUUGAUGAUGCUGUAGACCACAAUGUUCUUCAGAGUAAGAGGGGUUUAUACCAGAGUCUCUUUAGGGCUGAGAUCAAAGGAUCGGGCUCAGAAUGGCCAGUCAACAUCAUAUUUGAUAAUACUGCUGGUGGCUCACCUUAACCAAACCUUCACAUUGUAGUACCCAUAUUGAUGCAACGACCCAUAUUGAUGCAACGAAAAGAACAGUUUUAGGAUCAGGCAGCUGAGGUCAUUUGAACUGUAUAGGUUUGCAUGUUUUACCUAAACCACAUCCAGAAUAAUAAUUCCCAUCCAACCUUUGAAAGCACAUGCUAACUAAUGGCCUUUUCUAUCAGAACUCAAGGCUCAAUUUGCAUGCUUUGUCAGUGCAUUUUUAUGAUAACGUGUAUGAGCAAUAUUUGCUAAAUGAAUCGUAAAAACAAAUAUUAACUUAAAACAGAAUAUUCAAUACAAACCUAAUUGUCACAUUCGUAUUCAGUUCGAUUCAAGCCCAGGUACACAUUUGACUAGUCACCACCUUAGCACCUGAAGUCACGAUAUGUGCAGUGGUAAAAUAUGAAAAAUCUCCAGGAAGACUUGUCAGAUUGGUCUGGAGAGAAUUUGAUAAGCAAGUAUCAAUUCUUAACAGCAAGUGUCAGUUCUUCAGGCACACUGAAAUAACUCUGGACAAGGACAUUAGAUAGGACAGGGUUUCAAGAUUCAGUAUAUUUCUGUUGUUGAAUUGUCAUGAAAUGCCUAGUUGAAACCAACCUCCCAUGUAUUUGCCUUAUAAAUGCACAAUGGUUUGUAUUUUGUCCAGUGAGUGGAGUGUUAUGUCCUGUAUGCAUUCAAGUCAUUGCAUUACUUUUGAAAUGUAUUUGUAAAUUAUGUUGAUCAAGACUAGUGAUGUGCAGUUUAUUAAUUGUAGGAAUGUUUUUUGGAGGACCUGCACAUUAAAAUGACAUUCAAACGAAAUUCAAUACAAAAAAGGGGGAAAUGUAAAUGUGUAUUUACGUUUUAAUGUUUCACACUAUUUUUGCACAAAAAGACUAAUGAAAAAAAUAAGGCACUUUAUUUUGUUCUUCAUGUUAUACAUGCAAUGUAUUUACUGCAUUCACAAUCCCAUUUUGACACGUUUGUGUACAAGACAAUGGAUGUGAAAGAAAUGCAAUUGAAGGCCAGUUUAAUUAACUGUUUCCAAGAUAAGUUGCAAUCAGCAGUUGGUAUUAUUUUUGUUUCAAACUAAGUUUUGUAGAGUACACUCCAAACUUGCAAUUCUUGGAAGCAGGAAAAUGUUUGACUUAUGACAGAGACUAGGUUUGAUUGAAUAACCAUCAGAUAAAAGCCCUAUAUCAAGUUGUGGUUACAUAGAAAUUGUGAUUUAAACAAGACAAGUCUACCUCCAUAAUGACCCCUAUAAGUUCAACUAAUUUGACUACAGGUUCACAGAAGUCAACUCUCCAUUUCAUAUAUUUGCAAAGGGUAGAAGUACUGUAUUUGUGUCAGCACCCAACUAGCACGGAGUAGUGAAUGUAUGAUUAAUUGAAAGCCAAUGUAUUUUAUCAAAACUAUCCAUUAGGAGUAUGCAGAUGUCCAGCUUGUAUGUGAAAUGAAACCUUCCAUCUGUUAACUCCUUAAACUAUUUUGUUAAUCAUUUCAUCCUUCCAUUCACUUUAUAUCACAGCUUUUUCUGGACUACACUACUUUCAUGAGAUUUGAACUGAGACUGCCAAAAAAGAAUGUACGAAAAGCAUUCUGUACAACUUUCUGUACAAUUGUCGGUCAUUGCUUCUAUAUAUAUUGUUUUGACUGUUGCUCUUUUUGUACUUUGUCCAUUUGUAAAUUGUUUUUAAAUGUUUAUACUUGAUUUUCAGACUGCCUUUUUUGUACAUUAAAAUUUAUAAUCAAACAGUGCAAAGCUUUCCCCAUGGUGUCUUCAAAACCAUAAUGUUUUAAAAGUCUGCAAUUGUGUGCUAGCUUUAUGACAAAAAAAUAUCAGCCUAUAUUGGUGGUUACAAAAUAUUGUGUGGGUGUGCAUGUGCAAAAAAUUUUAUCAAAUAAAUUUCAGAUU